AAGCUCACACGACUACGCAAAUCAAAAUUCGUUCCACGCGCGGCGGUGCGACUGGUUAAGUUGUAUAGAAACAAAGGGAAUCUGUUUGCACAAGUAACCCAACUUGACGAGAAUACCACUUUAAUCUUCCCAUCAAACUCAGAAUCAACCCCCACUUCGUGUCUGUGUUUAUACACACAGACCAUUUACAAUAUAAUCAUCAAGCCCUUGUUGUUUUUGUGUUGAUUCUGACAAAAUGGUGACUGCAAAUCAAGAAAUGGCUGUGUAUUGCUUUGAUACUCUGCUUGCUCACUACAAUAAUCAGCCUGUACCUCCACCUGCUUUUGAUGAGGGCAAUUUUCCAUUGUUUGUCACUUGGAAGAAGAUUGUAAAUGGUGGUGAGCCACGAUUACGUGGUUGUAUUGGAACACUGGAAGCUAGGCAUAUAAUUGAUGGAUUUAAGGAUUAUGCUUUAACAAGUGCCCUGAGGGAUCGUAGGUUCCCUCCCAUACAGCUGAAAGAGUUACCUAAUUUGGAAUGUACAGUUUCCCUUCUGACUAAUUAUGAACAUGGUCUCCAUUAUCUUGACUGGGAGGUUGGAAAGCAUGGUAUAAUUAUUGAAUUUACUGAUCCUGACUACAAUACGAGGAGAAGUGCUACGUACCUGCCUGAGGUGGCAGCUCAUGAAGGUUGGACAACACUUGAAGCAAUUGACUCGCUCAUUAGGAAAGCAGGUUACAAUGGCGCCAUUACGGAAUCACUUCGGAAGCAAAUCCGACUUACUCGUUACCAGAGUACGUUAUUCACUAUGCAUUAUAGUGAAUACACCAAUUAUGUGAAGACAACCAGGGGAGCCACGCCCUCACUUGCUGGUGCCAAGCCCAGCAACUAACAUAUUGGUUGUUCUAAACACCUCUUCUGAACCAUUAUUAUUGUUUGGUUCGGAAGCAACUUUCAUUUGAAAAAAAUGGAUGGUGGAGUAUGAUGAUGUACACUCCAUUCCUUCCCUCCAUUAUAACUUGCACAAGAUUUGGAUUUGUCUGGAUUGAAUUUUUAAGUUUGAAGUCAUGACCUGAACUUGAACUUGAAUAUCCUGCUUAUUUUAUUGCAAUUUCAGAUGGGUUGA